CGUUCAUGUGUGCUAGGGUUUGUAGUGUGGUAGUUUGAUAUAAGGGCAGUAGCUCACGUAUGUAAUUCUUUACCGAAAACAGCAGUAACAUCAGUAGCUGAAGUGCAUUCAAGCACUUCAGCUCCGAUUCAAUUCACAUCGAACACUUUUUAUUUUUUGGUUUCACUAUCAAUGGAUGUUACAUUUGAACAAAAACUUCUACAAUCGUACAAACAUCCUCACUAUUCAUCCCUCUUCCCCGCCGGCCAUACCCAGAAUGAAAUGAAAAAACAAAAUUGCAAUCAGAUCCAACCCAGGUGAAAAACAUUAUAUAAAUAAAAGUAAAAAUGAAAAAGAAAAACGUCAAUUACGUACAUUUGUCAAGGGUAGAAAAGCUUGGCAAAAAGGAGCUCAUUCCAGGUAUCCUGAAGCCCCGGGAGGCACCAAUGGACGCAGUCGGCGUAGGUAGCCGGGUCGGCCAGCUGCUCCGCCGUGAGUGGGGUCCACUGCUUCUUGUAGAUGGAAGUGUGGGCGUCUUUCCGGUAGUUGGACAGCUGGGUUAUGUUGAGGAACGUCACCGGAUAUUUGGAUUUCCCAAACUCCUCUCCGAUCACCCGCAUUAUGCUUCUCCGGCUGUCGGAACCCCAGUACGUCGCGUUGUUGAUCGGCGCCGUCUCGUUGUAGCAGUUCCUCCCGGGCUCGCCUCCCCAGUCACCGCUCCUGUUUAGCAGAACAUCACGUUACGAAAACAUUUAUUAUAUAAACAACCAACAUUAUAUAAACACUUGGUUCACUAAUUUGAAUUGUUUAGGAAAAUGUUGCAUGGUUGUUAAUCAUCUCAAACGAUAACCAACUUAUAGGUUUGAAUUUUGUAUAUGUGCUUUAAAGAAUGGUUUGAUAUUGAGAGUCAUUAGUAUUUGAAAGCAGGAGUGUACAUAAUCGGUUGGUUAUGAUUUAGUGAUUUUAAUUACCCUCUCAUGUAGAACGAUUUUGAAAACACUAAAUCAAAAUCCAACCAAAUAAUUUAGAACCCUAGAGGUUUGUAUAAUGUUGGUUGGAUUUGGUUGGUUAUACUUUUAAGUAAAAGUGUAAAACCAAUCCAACAAAAGUACAAAAAAAAAGUAAUUUGCACC